AUGCUGACCUUUGGCCCAACAGGAUCAAGUUAUGUCAGGAUGAUCCGACAUCUUGUAAAAGAGCUUUUAGCAGAAAGGGGAAACCUCAUGGCAGAAUUUAGAGUGUGGAUUCUUAAGCUGAUUUACGGGAAGCUGGAUUUAAGUUUCACUUUUGGUUUCUUUUAUCUAUCUUUUCCAAGAAUGGAAAACGCGCUUAUUUCCCAGCUCACAUACUGGGGUCAGGGUAAGGAAAUCCAGUCCCCUCGGCGCUUACGGGGCGGGCCAGAAAGUGGGCGGAGAAACACCCACGCGAGCUCAAUAGCUGCGGGUGGCCCCGACAGUCCGCAGCACAGCUCCGAAGUCUCCGCGCCAGCAGCGACUCUCCCGCCGGCAGGUCAUUCCAGAAAGAUGAGGAUAUAUAGUGUCUUAACAUUCAUGGCUUACUGUUGUUUGCUGAAAGCAUUUACUAUCACAGUUCCCAAGGACCUGUAUGUGGUAGAAUAUGGCAGCAAUGUGACGUUGGAAUGCAGAUUUCCAGUAGACAAACAAUUAAACCUGCUUGUGUUAGUUGUUUACUGGGAAAUGGAGGAUAAGAAAAUUAUUCAGUUUGUAAAUGGGAAGGAAGACCUGAACGUUCAGCACAGUAGCUACCAUGGGAGGGCCCAGCUGUUGAAGGACCAACUCUCCUUGGGAAAGGCUGCACUUCAGAUAACAGAUGUGAAAUUGCAGGAUGCAGGGGUUUACUGUUGCUUGAUCAGCUAUGGCGGUGCCGACUACAAGCGGAUUACUUUGAAAGUCAAUGCUCCAUACCACAAAAUCUACCACACAAUUUCUGUGGAUCCAGUCACCUCUGAACAUGAACUAAUGUGUCAGGCUGAGGGUUACCCUGAAGCUGAAGUCAUCUGGACAAGCAGCAAUCACCAAGUCCUGAGUGGCAAAACCAGCAUCACCAGUUCCCAGAGGGAGGAAAAGCUUUUCAAUGUGACCAGCACACUGAGAAUCAACACAACAGCUGACGAAAUUUUCUAUUGCACUUUUCGGAGAUUAGGUCAUGAGGAAAAUAACACAGCUGAGUUGGUCAUCCCAGAACCAUAUCCAGAUCCAGCAAAAAAGAGGAAUCACUUGGUGAUUCUGGGAGCUGUCUUCUUGUUCCUGCAUGUAACGCUGGCAGUCAUAUUCUGUCUGAAAAGAAAUGUGAGAAUGAUGGAUGUAGAAAAAUGCGGCACCCAAGAUAUGAAUUCAAAGCAACAAAAUGCUACACAGUUUGAGGAGACGUAA